AGUUGGCUCCCGGGCUCAUGGUUGUGGCGGUUUCCCGGAUCGACCAGUUAAUGGGAGCCUGGGCUGUUUAACUGCCGCCGGCGAUGCGUUCUGGUGCAGCGGUCAGGGCCUGCCAGAAAGUCUGCAGGUGCCUGUUGUCUGGGUUUGGAGGUCGAGUAGAUGGGGGGCAGCCUGAGCCGUUAUUGGAAGGGAGUUGUUCCUUCGGAGUGCCCGUGAGAUCACACGCGGAGCUGCCCCGGGGGAGCGAGCCGACCGGAGCCCCCGAGUCCGGUGAGGGGAGCGAGGAGCUGGUAGACAUCUGUCAGAGAAGGCAUUUCUUCAGUGGUAGCAAGGGGCAGCUUAGCCGACAUUCUCUUCUGAGCGGGUGCCACCCCGGCUUUGGCCCCUUGGGCAUAGAGUUGCGCAAGAACCUGGCAGCAGAAUGGUGGUCCUCAGUGGUGGUGUUCAGGGAGCAGGUCUUCCCGGUAGAUGCCCUCCAUCAUAAGUCUGGCCCUACGCUGCCUGGGGACAGUGCCUUCAGGUUAGUUUCCGCAGAAACUCUACGCGAAAUCUUGCAAGAUAAAGACCUGAGUAAGGAACAGCUAAUAGCAUUUCUUGAAAACUUAUUAAAAACUUCUGGGAAACUACGGGAGAACCUUCUUCACGGUGCUUUGGAGCACUAUGUUAAUUGCCUGGAUCUGGUAAACAAGAGACUGCCUUAUGGCCUUGCUCAGAUUGGAGUGUGUUUUCAUCCUGUUUCUGAUACUAAGCAGACAUCUGAUGGUGUUAAAAGAAUCGGUGAGAAGACUGAGGCUUCACUGGUUUGGUUUACUUCAGCAAGAACUGCAGGCCAGUGGCUUGAUUUCUGGUUACGUCAUCGACUCCUGUGGUGGAGAAAGUUUGCUGUGAGUCCAUCUAACUUCAGCAGCAGCGAUUGUCAGGAUGAAGAGGGACGAAAAGGAAACCACCUUUAUUACAAUUUCCCAUGGGGAAAGGAGCUAAUAGAGACCCUGUGGAAUCUAGGAGACCGUGAACUUUUACACAUGUGUCCUGGAAAUGAGUCUCAAUUACACGGCCGAGAUGGACGAAAAAAUGUGGUUCCACAUGUUUUAUCUGUUAAUGGAAAUCUGGACCGAGGUGUGCUGGCUUACCUCUACGAUUCUUUCCAGCUCACAGAGAACUCGUUUACAAGGAAGAAGAAUCUUCAUAGAAAGGUACUUAAACUUCACCCUUGUUUAGCCCCUGUUAAGGUUGCUUUGGAUGUGGGAAGAGGCCCAACGGUGGAAUUAAGACAGGUCUGUCAAGGGUUAUUUAAUGAAUUACUAGAAAAUGGAAUUUCUGUGUGGCCUGGUUAUAUGGAAACUGUGCAGUCCUCAUUUGAACAACUUUAUUCAAAAUACGAUGAAAUGAGUAUCCUGUUCACAGUUUUGAUUACUGAAGCUACUUUGGAGAAUGGGUUAAUACAUCUGAGAAGUAGAGACACCACAAUGAAGGAAAUGAUGCAUAUAUCCAAAGUAAAAGACUUUUUAAUCAAGUAUAUAUCAUCAGCUAAGAAUGUAUAGAUUUUAAUAUUUGUGUAAUAAAUAUUCUCCUUUCCUAAUUUGAUUGUCUUAUAUUAACAGAUUUGUUUUUAGCCCCUUUACUUUUAUGAUGUGGACAUUUUUGUUGCUUUUUUAAUUCAGUUUUUAUUACUUAUAUUUCUUAAUGGAUUACAUUCUAUCAGAAAUAUGUUCAGCUACAAGAAACAAAAAUCCCACUAUAUUGGAUUAAGCAAAUUGUAGUUUGUUUUUCUCGUAACAAGAAGUCUAGGAGGGUAGACUGUCCAGAGCUAGUAUAAUUGUUUCCUCUAUAGUUAGUGACCCAGGCUCUUGAUACCUUUCUGUUCUACCAUCUUGGGUAUGUUGGCUUUUAUUUUUAUACUUGCUGCUUUGUGGUCACAGGGUGGCUGCUGUAUGUCUAGCCUUCUUGUCCACAUUCUAGUCAGGAAGAAAGUAAAAGACAAGAGCUAACCAGCCAAAACUCUUCCCUUUUUAACUGGGAAAGUAAAAACUUUCCCAGACAUCCCAAUCAAAGGACUUGUUUACAUUUCAUUGGUCAGAACUGGGUCACCUGGGCAUCCCUAGGCCAGUCACUGCCCAAGGGAAUGAGAAUAUCAUGAUUUAUUUGGAUCAAACACAACUUCUGCCUUAGGGCUUUGGUGGUGUCUUAUCCUCUUUGAAAUGGGUUUUAUUAUCAGGGAAGAAGGAGUCUUUAUAGAAUCUGCCACAUGUGUACUGUCAAAUAUUGAAGAUUAACCUAAAACUAAACUUUAAAAAAUUAGAACACUUACUGAUUUUUGAAAAGCAAGAUAAAAUAAAUGUUAGAUGGUAUAAUCUAAUAUUACGGUGUAUUUUGUGUCUGGUUCUAAUAGGUAUAUUUAAAAGAAAUCUUUGAACUUUUAUGUGCUGGUUAUGUUUGUGUUAAUUAUACUAUCAUUACUCACCUGACAAAAAUUCCAAACAUAAGAAGAAUAGUAUAAUUAACCCCAAGUGCUAUCACCCAGCACCAGUAACCAUCAAUCUGUGAACAUCUUGCCUCAUCCACCCAACAACCAUCCUUCCAUAUCAGUUGGAAGCAGAUUGCAGCUCUCCCUUCAUUUGUGAGUAUUUUAGUUAAGUGUCUUUUGUUAACCAUUAUCACACCUAAAAAAAAAUGAACAUUACAUGGUAUUAAGGAAUUGUUGACAAUUUUCUUGGAUGUGUGAUAAUGGUAUUAUGACUUUUUUUAAAAAUGUCCUUAUCUGAAAGAGACACAUACUUAAAUAUUUUUGAGUGAAAUUAUAUGAUAUCUGAGACUUGCCUUAAGAUUCUCCAGUUUAAAAAAGGUGGUGUAUUAUAGAUAAAAAAUAAUAAUAUCUCUCAGUUGUUGAAGCUGGGUGAUGAGAACAUGAGGGUUCAUUGUAUUGCCUUUUUAUUUUUGUGCAUGUUUGAGAAUUUUCAUAAUAAAAAGUUUUUAAAAACCAUUUCUUUAAUAUCAGAUAUCUACUCAGUUUUCAGUUGUCUUAUAAUUUCAUAAAAUUGAAGUUGAUUGUUAGGUCUUUUAGUCUCUGUUUUUUUUUAAGAAAUUGGGCUGCCUAUUAUGGGGUUUGUUACUCUUUGGAUUUUGCUUAUUGCAUCCCCAUGAUGGUUUAACCAGUUCCUGUCUAUAUAUAAUUUCCUAAGGAUUUGGAAGUUGAAUCCAAAGGCUUAAUCAGUUUCAAGUUUAAUUUUGGGGGACAAGAUUUUUCCUAGGUUGUUGUGUUCUAUCAGGAGGCAGUACUGUCUGGUAGCUUCUCUUUUGGGGAUGCUAACAAUCAUUGAUCAAAACGGUAAUAUUCUGAUUCUCUUUCUUCCUCAUUCAUUAGCUAGAAUACUUCUGUAAAAACAUCUCAUCUAUUAAUUGCUUAGAGGUGUGAGAGAGGUAGGAUAAAUGCAGAUUUGUUUCCUUUAAAGUUGUUCUCUUUGAUGUUCAAAUUGUCCUAUCUUUGGCCAGUGGGAGCCUCUUCAAGUUGGCCUGGAGUCAUUUUGACACAACUUCUGUAGUCUUUAAUAGCUUGUAUAUUUCAGAGUUUCUGUAAGAAGUCCUGUUUCCUUUUAAUGGGAAAUGGUAUUUGGAAGCUGUAUCUGAGUACUGGGGAUACUCAUUGUUAGAAGGUGGUCUUUGUUUCUAGGCUUUUUCAGUGUUCAGUACUAGCAGAUAUGUAAGUGUGUGUGUGUGUUUCACCCUGAAUUUAAAAAGUCAUGAAUUCAUACCAGUACUUUAUAUUCAAAUUCAGCACUGCAGUGUGGCGGGGGGUGGGGCAGGGUUGUUAAUCAGCUUUGUUGGGAUAAAAUUUAUAUUCAAUAAACUUAUUUUAAAUGUACAAAUUACGAAUUUUGACAAAUGUGUAACCACCACCACAAUGACAAUAUAGAACAUUUCCAUCACCCCAAAAAUGUCCCCUCAAGCUUUUUAGGACUGCAGGGCUUUUACUUAAUCUCUUUUAUCAUACAUCUGUAUCUCUUCCAUUCCAAAAUCCCAGUUCUCAAGAAUACUGAGGGGCUGGGGCACCUGGGUGGCUCAGUCCAUUAAGCUUCUGCCUUUGGCUCAGGUCAUGAUCUCAGGGUCCGGGGACCAAGCCUUGCAUCAGACUCCCUGCUCAGUGGGGAGUCUGCAUCUUC